AUGGACGUAGAAGAAGAUGCUGAACAAGAAUUCAAGCCGCAGAAGAAGAAAAUUGAUUCUGAUGAAGAAAAAAGGAGAAAGAAGAUUGUGCCUGGAAGUUUGAUGAAAGCCGUGGUGAGACCAGGAGGGGGUGAUUCAAGGCCUGCCGACGGUGAUCAGCUCAUUUACCAUUGCACAAUUCGUACUCUUGAUGGAGUUGUUGUGGAGUCAACUCGAUCAGAAUGUGGAGGCAGAGGUACCCCAAUUAGGCAUGUUUUGGGUAAAAGCAAGAUGAUAUUGGGAUUGCUAGAAGGAAUUCCCACAAUGCCGAAAGGUGAAGUUGCAAUGUUCAAGAUGAAACCUGAAAUGCACUACGGUGAGGAAGAUUGUCCUGUUUCAGUUCCUGAUGGCUUUCCAAAGGAUGUUGAACUUCAUUUUGAGAUUGAGCUAAUAGAUUUCUUUAAAGUCAUAAGUAAAGACUUGGGAGUUUUAAAAAAGGUUAUCAAUGAUGGACAAGGAUGGGAAUCGCCAAGGGAACCUUAUGAAGUAAAAGCUUGGAUUUCUGCAAAGACAGGGAAUGGCAAAUUGAUUUUAUCGCAUACCCAAGGAGAACCAUUCUUCUUUACUUUUGGAAAAUCUGAGGUACCUAAAGGUCUUGAGAUGGGAAUUGGAACAAUGGCAAAGGGAGAGAAGGCAGUUGUAUAUGUUACCAAUCAGUACUUAACUCCUUGUCAUUUCAUGCCUACAGUAGAAGAUGUUGAAGAAGUUCAUUUUGAAGUAGAGCUCAUCCACUUUAUUCAGGUGCGGGAUGUGCUUGGAGAUGGACGACUAAUAAAACGUCGCAUUCGUGAUGGAAGAGGUGAAUUUCCUAUGGGUUGCCCUCUUCAUGACAGUCUACUGCAUGUUCAUUACAAAGGCAUACUCCUAAAUGAGGAGAAAACAGUCUUCUAUGAUACUAGAGUUGAUAAUAAUGGUCAGCCUCUCCAAUUCAGCUCGGGAGAAGGGCUUGUUCCUCAAGGGUUUGAAAUGUGUGUUCGUUUGAUGUUGCCUGGAGAGUUGGCUCUUGUUACGUGCCCCCCUGAUUAUGCAUAUGAUAAAUUUCCAAGGCCAGCUAAUGUUCCUGAAGGUGCUCAUAUUCAGUGGGAAAUUGAGCUUCUUGAUUUUGAGACAGCAAAGGACUGGACAGGUCUGAACUUCAGAGAAAUAAUGCAGGAAGUUGAGAAGAUAAAAGGCACGGGUAAAAGGCUUUUCAUAGAAGCAAAAUAUGAACUUGCUAAGGCAAAGUAUGAGAAGGUGCUUCGAGAAUUUAAUCAUGUUAAUCCACAAGAUGAUGAGGAAGGAAAAGAGUUUUCAAAUACAAGAGUACUUGAUGCAAACCCUGUCCAUGUUAAAGCUCUUUAUCGCCGUGGAAUGGCCUACAUGUCAGCUGGAGAUUUUGAUGAAGCAAGGGACGACUUCAACAAGAUGAUGAAAAUUGACAAGUCAUCUGAAGAUAAUGCAAAGGCAGCUCUUCUUAAGCUAAAAAGGGAGCAACAGGAAGUCCACAGGAGGGCUCAGAAACAAUUCAAAGGACUGUUUGACAAGAAACCUGGAGAAAUUUUCGAGGCUGGAGUCGUUGAUGAUAUCGAUCAAAUUCCGGCUGAAGAUCAUGCGGAUGAUGAUCUGGAUGAUUCAGAUUCUAAAAAGGAGGAGGAUAUUCAUCAGGCUGCUGCUCCUCCACCUCGCAUGGGUUUUUUGUCACAGAUGUGGCCUCAUGGCAGAAGAUUUUUGAGAGGUCUUGGGCUCCCUAGAUGUACCAUACUGUGAGUUAGACUGUCGAUAUGUUUCAGAAUGUAACGCCCUUUAUUAUGGAUUAGCCAGUUGUUUCUACUGGUAGGCACCGUGGUGCAUAAAGAUUUUUAGUGCGUAACUUGGACCGCCAAUCUCACCCCCACGCGCCCUUUUUGAUAACGGAUGAUGGAAGAAACUGAAUUAUAGUCUACUCUAGAGAUGUUUUGUGUUCCCUGACCCCGGGCUUGAUUACUGUAACCUUUGACAAAUUUCACAUGAAUAAUGUUGGAACUACAUUGAUUCUUGAAGCACUGAA